AUGUGGAAAAUUUUACAACCAAGUGUUGGUGCAUGGCGUUUAACAACAUCACAAAUUUCCCAAGUAUAUAAUUAUAAUGUUCAAAUUCAAGGUAAAUCAAGUAUUGUAUGUUCAUCUAGUCUGCAAAAAGACAUGGAAGGAAAUGUAGAUAGUAAUGGUUAUACAGAAUUAACAACAGAACCUCUUAUUGAUUCUGAUUUAUUGAUUUUGACAACAUGUGAAAAUGUUAAUUUUACUUAUGCUAAUAUUUCUCUUAUUAAUCAAUCUGGUCAAGUUAUCGAAAUUUAUUCGCCGUUGAAAAUAGAUCAACUUGAUAUAGUAACAAAAAUUCGUGUUCCUCAACAAGCAUUUCGAAUUCAAACAAUAAUUCAAUUAUCUGAUGGUACUCGAAUUCAACGUAUUGAAAAACAACUCAUUUCACCAACAAUGUUUACUAUUGAAUUACUAAAUCAACCAUAUAUAUUAUCAAUUGGCGAAACAAUUCAAAUGAAUUAUACUUUAAAAAGUUCAUUAUCUGAACAAGUUAAUAUACGUUUACAAAUAAGAGAUACAUUGAAUUUAAUUGAUUUUAAUGGUACUGAUAAAAAUUUAACAUUCACUAAUGAAACAUCUCAAAUGGAUUUAUUUACAUUACCAGCAAAUUUUCAACAAAACUCAAUAAGCGAUAUGAUUAUAUUUACGUUGUCAACAUACAAUAGUAAAACAAAUAAAUUUUCAUAUGCAAAUGAUGAAGUAGCACUUGUUUAUUUCGAUAUAAACUCAUCUUCAAUUUCGCGAACAACUUUUUAUUUUAUUUUUUUCUUCUAUCUCUUGGUUUUCUUUUUAUGA